AUGAGCAGGUAGGGCCGGUUUCAGGCAGGGGGAUUUUUUUUUCUGACAUCCGCAGCUCCUUCUGUUCCUUGCACCUUACAUCCCAGAGAGCGUUUCUGCCAAGACCGACCAUCCCUGUUUCAGAAAAUUGGAAGCAUGGCCUUCCGCUGCUCUGCUUUGAAGAGAGAGCAACAAUGCCAUCCAUCAGUGUCGACACGCUCCCUCCUGUGUGUGGCUCUUCUUUCCCACCUCGCUGCACCAGCUCUUGGACAAUUAGACCUGAGCCGACUGGACGGGGACACUGUCUGCCCACCGAUAAGAAACGGACAAGAUGACCUUCCAGGUUUCGAUCUGAUCACCCAGUUCCAGCUGGACGUGAUUCCCCUGAAAGGUGUGAGGAAGGUGGACGGCUCCACUCCCCUCCAGGUGGCCUACCGUCUCGACAGGGAGGCCAACUUUCAAAUUCCGACCAUGCUUAACUUUCCUCGGGGUUUCCCGGAUGAGUACUCCUUCAUGACCACCUUUCGCAUGAUCAAGAACACGGUCAGCAAGGUGUGGAAUGUCUGGCAAAUAGUGGACGAAGACGACCACAAGCAGGCUGGCCUCAGGCUAAACGGCGACCAGCAGGCCCUGGAGUACUUCCUGAUGGGCGCGGAUGGGAAUCUGCAGACCGUCACCUUCCCCGGCCUGUCCGUGCUCUUCAACACCAAGUGGCACAAGGUGAUGAUCGGCGUCGAGCGCGACCAGGUCACGCUGUAUGUGGACUGCCAACCUGUGGAUCAGAAACCCAUCAAGGGCAAAGGACCCAUCAACACACAGGGAGACACGCUGAUUGGCAGGCUGGAUGCCGACCCCGAUGCCUCUGUUGUGUUUGAGCUCCAGUGGAUGUUAAUCCACUGCGAUCCAAAGAGAGCCCAGAGAGAGAGCUGCAAUGAGCUUCCUGCCGCCGAGAUGUUUGCCAAUGCUGAGCCUGACAAAUCUCUUCAAGGUCCUCCAGGUCCCCCUGGCCCUGAGGGGGCCCGAGGGGCCCCAGGAGAAAGUGGCAGGGAUGGAAGAGAUGGUUUUCCAGGGACUCCAGGGAUUCCAGGUGCUCUUGGCAGCAAAGGGGAGAAGGGGGAGAUCGGUCUUCCAGGACAGAGAGGCCUCCCCGGUCUUCCAGGAUCUCCUGGUCCCAUCGGUCCACUGGGUCCCAGAGGACCUGUAGGAGAAAGAGGUCUGCCUGGUUUUCCCGGACCCCCAGGUCCUCCUGGCCUAGCAAGCGAAGGGCCCGCCGGUCCACCAGGGAAGCCAGGAACCCCAGGAGAUGAAGGAAACAUCGGACCUGAGGGCCCACCUGGACCCAGAGGGGGCAUAGGCACUCCAGGGCCUCCUGGGCCCCCUGGUCCACCGGGGCCCGUGGGACCGCCUGGUGCCAACAGUGAGGGGAGUGGGGAAGCUUGUCCUGCCGCCUGUCCCGCUGGACCUCAGGGACUGCAUGGAGUGCCAGGGAUGAAGGGACACAAAGGACUGCCAGGUGAGCCUGGAAAAGACGGAGAGCCCGGAGAGAAGGGUCAAACUGGAGAAACGGGUCCUCGGGGUCCACCAGGUCGCAUGGGAGAUGAUGGGCAAAGAGGACCAAUCGGAGCCACAGGGACCCCCGGAGAGAAAGGAGACAGAGGUGCUCCUGGCUACAACGGCGUCCCCGGACCCACCGGCCCCCCCGGAGCUCCUGGUGUGGAAGGGGUGCGAGGACGGCAGGGGGUGCCAGGGCCGAAGGGUGACAAUGGAGCUGUGGGACCUCAAGGACAGGCUGGUGUCAAAGGAGAAAAAGGAGAAGUUGGUGAUCCUGGCAGAGACGGGAUGGAUGGACUUCCUGGAGAUAAUGGGACCAAGGGAGAGCCUGGCGCACCAGGAGACGUUGGACUUAGAGGGAUUGUUGGCAUACCAGGGUUGCCAGGGAAGCAGGGAGUAACUGGACCCCCUGGAGAAAAGGGCGAGACUGGUUCUGAGGGACCCAUGGGGCCGGUUGGGCUUCCAGGAAAAACUGGGGGUCCUGGAAAAGAUGGAGCGGAUGGGAAACCAGGAGAAAAAGGAUCCACUGGCGAAACAGGAAAACAAGGGCCAGUGGGGGUUGCAGGUCCACAAGGAAUUCAGGGUGUCAAAGGAGAUAAAGGUGCCACUGGAGCCAAAGGGUUCAAAGGUCAUACGGGGUACAAAGGUGACCAGGGACCAACUGGGCCAGUAGGGCCAAAAGGAAGUCAGGGUGACCCAGGUAUGGCAGGAGACCCUGGUGUAAAGGGAGAUCAGGGCCCUCCGGGUGUUACUGGCAUCAAAGGAGAGCGCGGGGAAAAAGGUCAAAGAGGCGCCACAGGAGCCGAAGGGAGACCCGGUCAGCCGGGACAUGAGGGUGUUACGGGUCCUAUGGGAGCUCGAGGACUGGAGGGAGAUCCGGGCAUUCCAGGACCCCCGGGUCCCAGAGGGUUACCUGGCCCGAAAGUGAGCGAUGAAAAGCUUCGAGAAAUGUGCUCAGCAGUGGUUGAAGAACAAUUAGAGGAGUUUAUGAAAGAGCUCUUGAGGAGGCCAGCAGCCCUCAGUGCUCCUGGUGCACCCGGACCAGUUGGACCUCCAGGACCGCCGGGACCAGCUGGGGCCGCGGGGGCAGCAGGCGUUCCAGGUCCGAUGGGUCCAAAAGGUCACCCAGGCUUCUUUGGCCUUCCAGGUGCACCUGGAACAAAAGGUGAAACUGGGCAGAAGGGAGACAAAGGAGACAAGGGAGAAGAUGGAGUGGGAACCAAAGGAAGUCCGGGGGUGCCAGGUGUUCCAGGUGCACCGGGUCUUCCUGGCGUCGGCAAAGAUGGCAAAAACGGCGAGCGUGGUGAAACAGGAAGUCCAGGCAUCCCGGGACCUGCCGGUCCGAAGGGACCCUCAGGUCUGCCCGGUCUGUGCGACCCAUCUACCUGUUUAAGCAGACUUCCACCUCUCUACAUGGUCAGUGGAAAGAAAUCGUCCUCGUACAAAACCCACUGAGACCCAAAGCUCAGUGACGUUCUCCGGACCUCAUCCAGACAGCGGCCAUGUUUCAGGACUCCUCACAAACCCAGGCUCUGCGCUUUACUUUUGGGAGUCUUGGCCCAUGACUCAGAGACACGGAGAGGAACAGAGGUGGGGGUGGGAGGGGGAUAACUGCACAAAAACUGUAAAGACAACCUCGCUUUAAUGUUUUCAGAGGGUGAUAAAUCCUUCCACAGUUGCUGAGCAGCUUCUGGGUCUGACUGCCGGCCUGAAGGCCUGUGGCACAAACACCAGCAAUUACUUUCAACCUCUGACAUUCAGUAAAGACUUGUUGAGACAUUUAAAAAUCUAUCAUUUCCACUCCUUCAUGUGCGUUCGAUGGCCCGUUCAGAAGCUCCGGAAAAGAUGUUCCUCAACUCUGUGCUCCCAUUGAUUUAUUUGGCCGGCUGUGUCGUCUUUUUGAAACGUCGGAAUAAAAGUGAUAAAUUCUGAGUGUUUUGCACAGUAACAAAUUCUAACAGCUAACCUGUGUGUUUUGCAGGAUCGUGCUCUCUUAGACAGAGCCGAUUGUGAUCCGUUUACGAUGAACCCACAGUCUCAACUUAAAAUGGUUUUGUAUUAAAAGCAAAAAAUGCUGUCAGAUCAGGAUGGGAUUAUAUAGUUGCCUGGUUACAAAGCAGAGCUGACAUCAUCUUCUCUUCCCUCUUGUUUGCGCAUGAACAAUACAUUUACUGAUCAAAUAUGACCUUUAAGCAGUCUGCUGGAGGGAAGCGAGCUUGGCAGCCUUUCCAAGGACAUCCCUUCAACAUUUUAACAGUUCACAUCAUGACUUGGCAACAAUGAAUUAAACAUGGAAGCUCAUAUUGGGAGGAGUGAUGGGAUACAGCAUUAAAAAGAAAAAACAAAACGGGUGCUUGAUUUCCAUCUCUGACAUGAUGAACGAUUAAAGAACGCUUCAAAAGAGAUAGAAUAGCGAUUGAAAACCCAAAAUGUAACUUUUGACCAUGUACAAGAAAAAAGAGAACCACUCAAAAACCACAGCAGAAGCUCAUGUUACAAAAUGAAUUAUGUUCCAGUCUUUAUUAUACACUACAGUACAGUUUACAGCUGUCUUCUGAUAAUUACAUUAUGCUACUAUUUCAAAAUAUCUUAGCACCAGUUUAUAAGGAGAAUGGGAAAAUGUAAUGCAAUAGAACACAAAAAUAUAUUUGUCCAAAUUAGGAAUAAUUUAACAGUAUAACUUAAAGUUUUGCUUUUGGGAAAUGCAGAUGUUAGCAUCUAGAAAACCACAAAGUUGUAAUACUGACUGUUCAAUAGUAAACAGUAGACAGAGAAGCAGCUGUUAUCUAAUUGAAAGAGCAAGUCACUGCGCACUCAUGUACUGUAAGUCUGACUUCUCCUACAUUUAAAGCUUCUUUAUUACCUUUCAUAGAAGAAAGACUUUAUCCACAUCAGCUAGCUAGCAUUUACAGCUGCUGUCCAUGAGCUGCUCUGAAGGCAACAUCAAUCUCAUUUAUUAGUUAAAAAAAAAAAACAUCAAAUGAAACUAACCAUUAAAAUGUAAAGACAAAGAUAAAUCUUGGUGUUGUAGUUUGCUUAGGUUAACAAACUAGUUUGCUAAGGUUUAUACUGGCAGCUAAACCUUAGCACCAUAGCCUGGUGCAGUGGUAGGUUUAAAACAAGCUACUUUAAGCUAAUACUGUGAGCUAGCUGAACUCCAAACCUUGGUAAGAAAAGCUUAUAAAAAAUGAAAGUCUGUGAAUAAAUGUUUGAUGAAGCCCUUGAAAUUUGAUUUUUUUUUAUUUUUUUAAAUCAAACUCAGGUAUUUGGCUGGUACCUAGCUUUCAUUGCAGAAGAAAGCAGAUUUGUAGAUACUGAAAAACAAAAAUCACUUUUUAAAGCUGGCAAGAUAACGGUAGUUUCGUUAGGAUACAAAUUAAAGGGAAAACUGUACAAAGUACGUUGGUAAAGUAAGACUGGCAUUUCUUGCCUCAUAACAUGAUUUAGUCAUUUGUUCCUAUUUUGGAACAAUUCAGUAUUUAAAAGAUGACUAACAUUUAAACUCAGUUUAUUCAGUAAAGGUUAACAAUUAACUUUGAAUAAACUGAGACAAACAGUUUAUUCAGUCCUCUGUUUUUGUGUUAGGGGUUAGGUAUGUGAUGGUUUGGCUUACAGUAAGGAUUAGGUUGUAGAAAAUGAAUGGAAGUCAAUGUAAAGUCCCCACAAGACAGGAACUUGACUGUGUGUUUGUGUUUCCUUUAUGACAUGUCAUUUGAGUAUGGGAGCAUUUCAUAGGCUGGGCGUUCAGUCAGCCCAACUGCAUGUGCAACAUCCAGUCUGGCAAAAAUCAUACUUUUCUGUGUGACAUACCGUUCAGCCACUUCCUCUCUCA